AUGCUGUCCCCCUCCGCCAGCGCCGCGGGUGUCCCGGUGCUUGAGGAUAGAACCAGCGCACGGCGGAGCCGCUGGCACCGAAGACAUCGCACCGGGCGGCGGCGGCGCCGUUCCUCUGCCUCCAGAGCAUCACAGAGCCGGGCACUGCGCCGCCCGGGCCUGCCAAGAAAAGGAGGCCCCCCCGUCCCGCCCCGCCCAAAGGCAGAUCAGCCACACUCACCCCCGGCCCCGCAGAAAAAGCCUGGGCUGCCAGGCCGCCUCCUUUAUAACCUCGCCCCGCCCCCACGUGACCGACAGUGGGCGGGCUCUGCCGCACUUGGCCAGCCGCCCGGCCAAUCCGCGACCCGCGCGACCCAGGCGGGCCAAUGGGAGGCGGGGCCCGCAUUCGAACGCCCGCUCCUGGGCUGGGAGAGUCAUGUGACUGGGAGGCGGGGCGGCAGCACGCGGUUCCUCCCCGGAAGUGGCGGCGGCGGCAUGGGCGCCCCCGGGGGGAAAAUCAACCGGCCUCGCACGGACCUGAAAAAGAAGCUCUUCAAGAGGCGCCGGGUGCUGAGCCGCGAGAAGCGGAAGCGGCGCCGGAUUGUGGGGGCAGUGGUGGACGAGGGGCUGAUCACCGUGCACCACCUCAAGAAGCGAUCGUCCAGCUCCCGCGCCAACAUCACUCUGUCGGGGAAGAAGCGCAACAAGCUCCUGAAGCAGCUUCGUCACACCGCCAAGGAGAAGGCUACCAUGCAAGUUGAUGCUGCUGCAAAGCCGGAGGGAAUGACGGCGCGAUCCGGGAGGAGACGGAAGCCGCCAGGCUCCCAGGACGUGGAGAUGAAGGAUGCGGGGGCCAAGCUGGACACGGAGAACUGAACCCUCCGGGAGGCUGGAGGCAGCUCUGCCAGCUGCGAUGGGGCAUGUGCCCGGGGACUUGGUGGCCCAGUUUCGCUGCCGGCAGGUGGGAGCUAUCCUGCUCCCCGGCUCUGACUGGGUUGAUUCCUGCCUGGACUCUUUGGAGCGAGUGGGUGCUUCUCAGCUAUUCUCUGCUCGAGUCGUCGCUUCCCCAGCACCGGAGGAAGGGGCUGGCUGAUUUUUGCCGUGAGGCGGACGAGGCUGCUGUGAAAUAAAUGAAGCCAAGAGCUCUGUGUGACA